AUGGCCAAGGUUGACACGACCAAGGUUGACACGACCAAGGUUGACAUGGCCAAGGUUGACAUGGCCAAGGUUGUCACGGCCAAGGUUGACACGGUCAAGGUCGGUGGUGGUAAGCCGGAGGUAAAGCUGGGUUCGGGUAUUGGUCCAGCGCCGGAGGAGUCGAUGGAUGGUGUCCGGAGGGUGUGGGGUUACUUGGUUGGUUUGUACUACUACCAGGAGUCGUGGACGGUGGCUGUGUUCAUAAUAGGUUUAGGUUUGGUGUGUUUGUUGGUUGGUUCGGUGUCGAAUUACUUACGGAAGAGUGGUCGUGUGCGGGGUGCUUGGAAUGUGGGUGGGUUAGUGGCGCUGGGAUUAUGGUGGUUAUGGCGACAGGUUCGACGGUUCGCGAAUGGUCGUGGGUUGGAUUUGUUCCGGUUGUCUCGGGAUCCUGAGGUGCGACGUUUAACGAUCGUACUUACUGGCGGUGGUCGUGGCAUAGGACGCGAAUUGGCGUUGCUGUUAUGUC